CGACCAUCACGUCGCCGUUGACCCGUACAGUCUGAUGAGUCUCCACCUACGCAUGAGGUCUCGGUGUUGUCUGCUCACGCAUUCAGAUCGCAAUCACGUCUACAACUGAUGACCUACUGCAGAAAGUUCAACGGUCCCUCAUCAAAUCACGCUUGCAAGCCACUCGCGGCGCAGCCCAGGCAGCUGAGCUUAGCAGAGCCUCACCGGCAUCGCACUUUCUCGACUUUUGCUCCGGCUUGGCGCGCACCGAAUACCCGCCGAGCGAUCGUGGUCAAUCCCAGCAGCUACAUCCGUAGCUGAUACCUGUGCGCGGCCCCAUUCCGAGGGCGGAAUCCGUCACAAUAAGCCGCGACUGAGCGUGCACAGCCAUUCUGAUUGCAACCCUCACAUCAUCGCAUCCAGCAUCGGCACUCGCAGUCGACGCGAAGCUUCUCGCACGCCCAAGCAAGACACCUCUUCAGACAGGGCCUUUCCACCUCGCGGACUCAACUUUCUGGGGCAGCGCAUUCUCCCGCACACACGUAUCACCAGGGCCACGCAACGCGAGCAAAUCGACGCUUGCAUUCGGAGAGGGCUCGACGGUCCAGGACACGUAUCGAAGCGGGGUCUGCCAAGAGAAGCGCUUGAGGCACAGGCAGUCUCAAUCGCGCGCAUCAGC